CUGUCAAUAUGGCGGCACAAAAACAACUUCCGGUUGAAGCGAGGAUCGAGGAAACGACAAUUAAGAGACUUAAGAAGUACCCACAGGCUGCUUACAGGGGAAAACAGAGAAACUAAACUGACGGAAAAGCCUGAGGGACAAAGUUGUGUGCGGAAGUGCGUCUGUUAGUACACACGUUGUCCCAUUAAAGGAAAGUUACCAGUAACCUACUUUAAUAGGAGAGUGCGUCAUACCGGGACCUUCAGAUUCCGGAUCUCAUUCUGUGAGACCAUGCCAGGACAGGGACUUGGUGGACCGGGACGGCCGUUCACCAACGGCCCCAAACCGUGGUCCGUGGUCGUGCUGUCGGUGCUUGGCUCCGCCGUAACGGUGGCCGCUGUGGGCUGUGUCUGCGCCCUCAUAUACCCCAUACUCAAAGAACUGAGGGCAGAGAAAGUGACAGCAGCUGAUUGGACUGAAGAGAGGGUGUUGGGUUUCUGGAGUAUCCUGGUGCUGUCAGUAUCAGUAGGAUGUAUCUGCUGUGUCUUCUCAUGGACCCUGACCUACCUGGACUUGUAUCAGCCUGCCGUGGUGUUGGGAUCACCACUGGUCCACUGGAGAGAUGUAUCUGACCAUGGUUUCCACAUGGGCUAUGGUGUUGCUGUCCUUAAUGGCAUCAUGGCUCUGCUCACUGUCAUCUGGAUCCUCACCUGACACACACACACACACACACUCAGUACGAGUACUGGGCAGCGAUCAGCAUAUGACACUGCAAAGAAAUGAGAAGGUCCCCAUUAUUAAUUCAAAUGAAAGUUUAGAAUGAAUUUGAGUCAUUAUGUGUCUCUUUUUUACCAACACUAACACUAUGUUCACACCACAGCGACAAAAGCACCAUUGAGAUGGAACGGAACAGGGUGAAACAAAAGCAUAUGAUUGGUUGACUCUUUACAGUGCCAUUGGAGACAUCACACAGCAACAAGCAUGGGUUAGUAGUUUCACGGGUCAGUAGCUUCAUGUCAGCAGCUUCCAUAGAAAAGGACUUGUAGGCUGCUGCUGUGUGCUCUUAGUAUGAGUGGUUGUGUAUAAGUCAAAUGUCUCCUUAUAGUUCCUGUAGUACACUCCAGAUGUUUUGUAUUCAAACAAUUACAUUGUCUGCAAAAGUACAGAAUUAGCCCAGUAGGUUGUGUAAUUCUGUCAGAGCCCUAACCACCUCUUCAACUCUGUCUACACAGGAAGCAUUUACUCCUUUUUUAGGGUCAGCCUCGUGCAAGUCAAAUCUAUGUUCCACCUUUCUAGAUUUAGUAUUGUGCUGCUGGUGCUAUCUGUCCAUGCAGUUGUCUGCUGGCUGAAGACAUCCUGUGUACACUGAAGCAGCUGUUGCUGAUGUGCUGUGUUCACUGUGUUUGAAACAAGAAAUGACCAGAUGUUGUAAUAAUAAUAACUUUAUAGGAGUAAAUAGGAUAUACAUGUUCUUUUCUGUGAUUGACUGUCCACUAUAUAUGCAAUGUUAAAGCCUUACUUCUGGCUUCAACUGUGUUGGAAAUGUCCAUAUUUAAAUACUAAAUCAACGGCACAAAAUAAACAUGGGCAGUUUCCACCUGAAUGUGACUGUGAACGAGCUCUGAUAAACGCUCUGAUUUAGUUUGACAAGUGAUACCGAAUAAGUGAUAAUAAAUCUGCAACAUGUUGGGAGAUCUCUGUCAUUAUAAGGGAAUAUUUAUUUUUGGAAAUAAAGUGUUAUGAACAUCA